AUGGAUGAACUUUUCGCUCUUCGCAACCUCUUCUACACUGGCGCUUAUCAACAAGUAAUAAAUGAAGCCAAUUCUCGCAGUCCCCUUUCUGAAUCAGCAAAUCAGGAACGUAAAGUCUAUCUAUACCGUGCCUAUAUUGCUCAAAAAAAGUACAACAUUGUAAUCUCUGACGUGAAAGACUCUGACAUUAUCGAUCUACGCGCGGUAAAACUCCUUGCAUUGUACCUACAAGCAAAGGACAAGAAUGACGCAACAAAGAAAGAAGAGAUUGUAAAGGAAGUAAAGGACAUUGUUGGUGAAAACUCGGCAAAUCAAACAGUGCAGAUUGUUUCGGCUACGAUUAUGGUGCAUGAAGGCUUGUUGGAGGAUGCGCUGAGGAUUUUAGUAAGGAAUAAUAAGAACUUGGAAAACGUUGCCUUAAUUAUCCAAAUUUAUAUCCAACUUGACCGUCUUGAUCUCGCCAAGCGUGAACUUGCAUCCGCUAAAACGUGGGCGGAAGAUGCAACGCUUGCUCAACUGAUGGAAGCAUGGGUCGGGCUGAAGACGGGUGGUGAUAAAUAUCAAGAAGCAUAUUAUAUUUAUGAAGAAAUAGCUCAGUCGCCAUCUUCGAAUACUGUGAAAAUUCUAAACGGACAAGCUAUUGCUAAUAUUCAUCUCGGACGGUAUCCCGAAGCGGAAAGCCUUUUGCUCGAUGCUUUGAACAAGAAUAAUGAUGAUCCAGAUACUUUGGUGAAUCUUAUCGUAGUAUCAGGCUUUUUGGGAAAGCCGGAAGACGUUAUCAACAGAUAUAUCAGUCAAUUGAAAGAAGUAGCUCCGACUCACAUGUUCCUGCAAGACCUUGAUCUGAAAACCAGUCUGUUUGAUAGGGCUGCACAACGAUUUGAGAUUGCAUAA